CCAUGGCCGUGGGGCGGCGGGGCCCGACGGCGCUGACGGACCCGCAGCGGCUGAUGCGCUCGGGGCUGGGGCUGAUCGUGCUGGGGCACGGCAGCCUGGCGCUGGGCGCCAUCGUGCACGGCUCCGUCCUGCGGCAUGUGGCCGGCGCCGGCCGCGCCGUCACCCCCGAGUACGCGGCGGCCAACGUGGUGUCGGUGAGCGCCGGGCUGCUGAGCAUCGCCGUGGGCAUCGUAGCCAUCCUGGUGUCGCACAACCUGUCCCGGGUCGCCCUGCACUGGACCCUGCUGAGCGUGUCCCUGCUGAGCUGCCUGCUGUCCGCAGCCUGCAGCGUGGGCCUGGCCCUGGCCAUCGCGCUGACCGUGCACAGCCGGGGCAGGCACCUGCUGCAGGGCUGCCACAGCCCCGCGCUGCCCAGCGACGCCCGGGCCGCCAUUGCCACCAACGAUUGUCCCUUCAACACCACGCGCAUCUAUGACACAGCCCUGGCGCUCUGGUUCCCCUCCAUGGUGCUGGUGGCUGCGGAAGCUGUGCUGUCUGGCAGGUGCUUUUUGGUGGCUCUGAUCUUCCGGGGCAUUGGGCCCUGUGCACACAGAUACAGCAAAGAGCAGCUGGCUGGGACAGAUACAGUGAAGGAGAGGCCACCACGUGAGAUGCAGCAACUCCUUGGGGUAUUGGCUGAGACUUGCACCUAGCUGGACAGGUGCUGCUGCAGGAGUGCUGCCAUUGAGCCAGAGGAUGUUGCACCUGCAGCAUGCUCCUGCCCCACGAUAGGGUGGGCUGCAGGGGGGCUACAGGGUGUGCCUCUCCCCCUCGCUUCCUCCAGCCCCACCUGGGACAAACCCUGCAGGUGCCUGACACAAGCAGCCCUGAGUCACCAGGCAGCCUUAGCCUCGGAUGCUCUCCCCUCUCUCCAAGCUGCAAGGCUGUUGCUGGCACAAUAAAUGGAGCCUUGCUGGCUGCAUCUGCCUUAUACACACAGUGGUGGGGGCAGACAGAGGUGCUGGGACCCGGCAAGGGCCAGGGCUGGCCUGGUGGGUCAGCUCGCUGUGCCUGUCCUCAGGCAGGCUGGGGAGCGGCAGGUGAAGUGCCCCUUUGUCAUAAGCAUCUGUUUUUCCUGAGUAAAUAAACUUUUUCACACUGGUG